AUGCUUAACGGAACAAUGAAACCGUCUUUCGACAGAUUCAAUACACUUCCGGAUGAGCUGUUAUUACUCAUAUUUGAUCAAAUCAAAGCCGACGACAGCAUUUCAAACUUCCAUGCCCUCAACACAACAAGCAAGCGACUCCGGCGUCUGACGACGGAUUAUUUAUACUAUAAGUUCCAUGGUCUGGCUCCAGAACAGCUUCUGCGUACUAUAGCAUUACCACGCCCAGAUGUACGACCUGAGCUCGCAGAUCAUAUCAAAGAAGUAGUGUGGUACCAGAAUUAUUGGACAAGGACAGCUCGUCGGCGAUGCUUGCAGGAGAACGACAGGAUCUUGCUUGCAAGACAACUUCAAGAUUCUGGGCGUCUCCUGUAUGAAACCCGGUAUUCUGAGAAUUUACCUGGUCGGUUCGUCGAUUUUGAUCAUGAGCGUGAAAUACACUGGUGGUAUCUUGAAUUCUUUCUCUUGUUCACACCCAAGGUUCAAAGGCUCCGUGUAUGGGAUACAUGGAAAUGGGACGACCACUCGUACUGGUUCGAGACUAUGGCGCAAAAUCCGACCGAAUUCGAAACCCUUCACUGGGUUACACUUCAUGGACCAUUGCGGCUGGAGAACGCCGUGCCCCUGCUGACUUUGCCCUCGAUUCGUAAGUUAGAACUUACUGAAGUCAUCACAAUGCGCCAAGAACCAAAUAGGAUCUUCUCCUGGCAAGACGGCUGGGAAAGAACAAUAGAAAAAAUGCUUGGGAAUGGAUCUUCGCUUGAGCAGCUAGUAAUGAGGGAAUCCAAUAUCUUCUUCCCAGAGGCAAUCAUCAUCCUUGAGAAACUCAACAACCUCAAGAGUCUAACUUACGAACACGCUCCAAACGAUCUCGCAUUGCAUCCAGAAACUUACCGGGAAUUCCCGCUUAUGAAUGAAUUGCGACGCCUGUCGGGGAUCCCCCUCGAAUACCUUCGAAUCCGUGGCGAAGUACCACUUGACGAAAGUGUGGUGUCGUCGCUCUUGAAUAUCAACCCUCCAAUGUUAGAGGAGCACCCGCUACAGAACUUACGUACCUUGAAUAUCGGGCCUUGCGACGAGAAUAGCAUCAAUGGCAUAUCUCUAAUGAUGUACAAAAACGAUGGGGAUCCUGGCCAUAGUGGGAUCGCCGAUCAACUACCGGACACGCUAGAAGUCUUGAAUAUCAAGUUGGAACAGUAUGGGUAUGAUGGGGUAGCUUUGCUUUAUCCUUACUUCCAAAUUCUGUCUGAUUUCGCUACGGCUGUCGCUUGUUCGCCGUGCAAUCUGAAGCGUGUUACCCUUGUCGAAUGGCCCGCGUGGAGAGACGGGGACUCCGCUGAAGCAAUGUUUUCUUUCUUGCAAGAACUUUAUAGUAAAGCGGGGAUUGAGUUAGAUGUUUCAUUCGCAGACAUUUAGGAUGAGGAAUAUUUAGUAGCAUCCGAAGAUGCAGAACUUAGAUGGUUACAAGCAGACGAGACAU